AUGUCGAAACCGGAGGUGACCGACGACGUCGCCGCCUCCAAGCCCAAUGUCGAAACCACGGAGUCGCUUUACAAGCCAGCCAAUGCGACGGACGGCAAAGGCAAAGACAAAGCCGCCGCACUUCUCGCCUCGAACGAACGCAUCGUCGUAACAUCCGCCGAGAACAAACGCGUCUUGAAGAAGAUCGAUCUUGUCAUCUUGCCCAUCCUACUCAGCGUCUACUUCCUCCAAUCACUCGACAAGACCACGUUGUCCUACGCCUCCGUCUUUGGCCUCAUCGAAGAUGCAAACCUCGAUCCCAACAGUCAACAAUACUCAUGGCUUGGGAGUAUCGUGUACAUUGCGCAGCUAGUGGCACAGCCGUUGGUGGCAGUGUUGCUGGUCAAGCUCAGGAUGGGGAAGUUCAUGGGUGUAAUGGUGUUCACCUGGGGCUGCAUAUUAUGCGGAAUGGCGGGUGCCAGCAGCUUCGCCGGGCUGAUGGCCACGCGAUUCUUGUUGGGCGCUUUCGAAGCUGCCGUUGCUCCUGCUUUCAUCGCCGUUGUUCAAAUGUGGUAUAAGCGUGGCGAGCAGACGAACCGAAACGCAGCUUGGUACGCUAUGCUGGGUAUGGUCAACAUCCUCGGCAGUCUGCUCUGCUACGGGUUGGGCCACAUCCAGUCCAAUCUUCUGUACUCAUACCAGAUCAUCUUUCUCUUCUGUGGUCUCCUCACAGUCGUGGUUUCGGUCUUUGUAUGGUUGUUUAUGCCCGACUCACCCAUGGAGGCCAAGUUCUUCAACGAUCACGAAAAGCUCGUCGCUGUCGAACGUCUGCGUAUGAACCAGAUGGGCGUUGCAUCUCGUGUCUGGAAGUGGGACCACGUACUGGAGGCAUUCAUGGAUCCCAAGACAUGGCUUUGGUUUUCCAUGUUGACAGCGAUCAGCAUCCCGAGUGGUGGUAUCAGUGCUUUCGGGCCUCUGAUCAUCCAGAGUUUUGGUUUUGGGCCCUUCGCUACGAUCCUCUUCAACAUGCCUUUCGGCGUCAUCCAGAUUAUAGCUACCUGCGGUGGAGCUUGGCUAGCCACGUGGCUGAAACGGAAGUCGCCCGUGCUGAUACUCUUAUGUAUACCACCAAUCGCCGGUAUUGUCAUCCUCAUGGUCGUUGGCCGCGGCGACUCGAAUCGCGGUGUACUUCUUCUCGGAUACUACCUGACGUCUUUCUAUCCCGGCAUUUCACCUUUAAUCUAUAGCUGGUCAGGCCAAAACACAGGAGGCGACACGAAGCGCAAAGUGACGACAAGUAUCCUCUUCGUCGGCGCCAGCGCAGGCAACAUCAUCGGCCCACAGCUCUUCAAACCGUCAGAAAAACCACACUACUACCGAGGGCUCCGCGCCAACCUCGCUCUCUUCAUCGCAAUCGUCGUCCUCAUCCUGCUUGCAAUGUUCUGGAUCAAGCUUCUGAACCGGAAGCAUGCGGCAACGAGAGAGAGCAUGGGAAAGUCGGCCAUUGUCGUUGAUACCAGCAUGGGUUCUGCACGCGAGGGUGAUGCAGAGGAAGCUGAGAACGCACAAGCCAGCGGUGUGGGCGACAAGGCGUUCGAUGAUGUGACUGACAUCAAGAACGAAGACUUCAUCUAUGUUUAUUGA